UGUGCUCUCCUCCGAGCUGCCAGCCCCCAGCAGAGCCCACGCUCUUCAUGGAAAGCCCUGCUCAGUUCCCGUGGUGAUGGCAGCUGACAGCGACGUGAAGAUGCUUCUGAAUUUUGUAAACCUGGCGUCCAGUGACAUCAAGGCGGCCCUGGACAAGUCCGCACCCUGCCGCCGCUCUGUGGACCAUCGCAAGUACCUGCAGAAGCAACUCAAGCGUUUCUCUCAGAAGUACUCGCGGCUCCCUAGAGGCCUGCCUGGCAGGGUGACAGAGCCCCACCUGCAAAGGGGGCCUGAAGAGAGGCCUGGACGGCUGCCCCUUCAUCCCUGUCCCCAGUCCAGCCCUGGUGGGGGUGGGAGCUGCACAGAAAAGGCCCUGGGGACCCCCUUCAGGGAGGAGUGCCUUUCUAAGGAGCAGAGCUUCCGGGGGCUGAAUCCAGAGGCUGCUAGACCUGGACAGGUGCCCAUGAGGAAGAGACAGCUGCCUGCUUCUUUCUGGGAGGAACCGAGGCCCACCCUCAGCUACCCAAUGGGGCUGGAGGUGGGCCUGGCCCCCAGGGAGGCAUCUCUGUAUGAGAAUAAGAAAAAUUGCAAGGGUCUGGAGUCCCUGGGGCCUGAGACUGCUCCACUGCCCAUGUCCCCAAGGGUACUAGCUGACACGGAGCCACUCAAGAUGUCUGGGGUAUCCCUGGUAGGCAGUCUUGAUGCUUGGAGCUACUGCCCUUUCCAGUACCAUGGACAGCCCAUCUUCCCCAGUCUUCCAGGGGUCCUGCCUCAAGGCCCAGUGCCUAGUCUGGGCUUGUGGAGAAAAGGCCCAGUAUCACCUGUGGAGCUGGCCCACUUCUGCAAAGAUGUGGACACCCCAGGGCCAAAGGUGUACAGACCCAUAGUUCUGAAGCCUAUCCCGACUAAGCCAGCCAUGCCUCCCCCCAUCUUCAAUGUCUUUGGCUACCUCUAGCUGAACACCCUCAGCCCUCUCUCUUUUGGCCUUCAGGAUGGGAUCACUGAUAAGCUCUCCGUGUGACGGGGAAGCUGGGCAGGGGUCUGGCCAGGCUGCCUCAGGGAGAAGGCUCCUCAGACAGGUACCUGUUUGGAGCUUGCAGCUUGUGGACCAAGGCACAGGAAACUCUUUCCCCAGGAGAUCCAUCUCCCUGUCCCUGUGGAGACCAUGGGCAGUGGGACCCUAGUGUGGCAGCUGCCAGUUUCACACCUGUUCAGCUGCCAUCCACCGGGGGUGAGGGGGCAUC